AUGAAAUUGCUCUGUGGUGAUGACUACAAUGGUGGGGAAAAGGCUAGUCUAAGAGACAUGCUUGAUGUANAAGAUACAAAUGCUGCCAUGAAAUUGCUCUGUGGUGAUGACUACAAUGGUGGGGAAAAGGCUAGUCUAAGAGACAUGCUUGAUGUACCUAGAAUCCUUACUAAGAUAAUUGCGAACAAUGUGAUGCCUAAGGUCGGCCAUAUGGAUGAAAUGCAAACAUUUCAAAUCUUAUUAACUCACUCGGUCGGUAGGAAGAAAAUUGAACUUGGCCUACAUCAAAUACAUGCAAGCAUAGACCUGGAAGAGUGUCAAGGUUGUACCUUGUCGAUGAAAGGUUAUCGUGAUCAUUAG